CUUGCCCUCCACGUCGUCAGUUCACGCCUUUCGAACUCGACCAUGGUGAUUCUACCGUUCCUUGCCUUUCUCUCUUUGUCACUGGUACGCGCAGCUCCGGACGGCGCGCGUCAAAAGCUCUCGGCCCUCGCUGCUGCGGGCGGCGGCGUCAUCAAGCUUGACGGACCCUCAUUCGAACUUCUGACCAGUCCCACGCGCGACUGGUCCGCCUCCAUCCACUUCACCGCCCUCGACCCGCGUCGCAGAUGCUCGCCCUGCAGGGAGUUCAAUCCCUCUUGGAUCGACGUGGCCAAGUCCUGGAGGAAAGUCCCGCAGGAGACUCGCGACGAUCACUUCUUUGCCACACUCGACUUUGACGAUGGGCAAACUGUGUUCCAGCAACUGGGUCUCAUGUCAGCGCCAGUGGUCUACGUCUACCCACCCAUCCAAGGCCCUCGCGCGACAGGCAAGACGGAUUUCUCGAAAUACGAUUUCUCGCAUGGUUUCGAGCCCGAACCGCUUGCUGAGCAGAUGUCUAACCACACCCCGGUCCGCGUCCCAUAUGUCCCGCCCUUCAACUAUUCGCGCUGGAUCACCUUCGCUGCUGGAGUUCUCACCUUCGCUCUCACUCUGAGAUUCAUUUCUCCGAUUCUGCAGAGUCGCUGGACAUGGGCCGUGGGCACGAUCAUUAUGUCGUUGGUGAUGACUUCGGGAUACAUGUUCACGCGCAUUCGUGGCACCCCGUUCAUCGGCGGAGACGGUAGCUGGAUUGCGGGAGGAUACUCUAACCAGUACGGCCAGGAAGUUCAAGUUGUAUCCAUCAUCUACGGCACACUCGGCUUCGCGUUCCUCAUGCUCACUAUGGUCAUCCCGUAUCAGACUUCCGGUCAACGCCAGCGUUUCCAGAUUUAUCUUUGGAGCACUAUUAUCAUGCUCGUCUACUCGAUCUUGCUUGUGGUCUUCCGGCUCAAAAACAGAGGGUAUCCCUUCCGUCUGUUACUGUAGAUCAACACAAAAUUGCUGUAGCGCUCCGGCCAAUAAGACUUCCAGUGUGACUCGCAA